GUUCAACCUGUCUGCACCAGGAUGACAAGACUGGGUGGCUGAAUUAUGUAGCAGUAGACUGAACUGUAGGCUGAGGAGGACAAGGUGUGGAGGAGGAAGAGCAGGAGGCCAUGGAAGCAGACAGCACAGAGGACAUUGAGUCUCUCAUGGAGGACAUGGACUACAUCCCCGGUCACUUUCACCUGGACCUCAACCUCAACUGUGAUCCCGUCGGACCUGUAAAGCUCAGACACAGAGACACUUAUCUUAAACAGGAGAGCCUACACAGUGAGCUAGAGGCCGAGGUUGGAUAUUUACAGUAUGCUGUCCGCAAUCUUCUGGGUCUGUUGGCUUUUCAUCUCGAUCAGCUGGACACAGCUGAGGAAAUAUUCAGAAGCAUUUGUAAAGAAGACCCUGGGAACCUCAAUGCCUGGGCCAACCUCGGCUACGUGUAUGACAAGCUGGGGAGAGAGCUGGAUGCAGGGGAGUGUGUGGAGAAAGUGUCCCACCUCAUGGGCUUAGAUGCUGGAGAGGCCUCGCAGGAAGAAACCAGGCUGCUGGCAGCCCGCUGCUUGGCUGAGCAGGCCUACGUUUACCCCUAUGAUGUGGAGCUGGAAAGUGAGGACGACUUGAGAGAGAGACUGACAGCAGCACUAACAUUGUACAACAAAGCCCUGGACUACGGUGGUCAACUGAUACCAAAAGAGGAAAAAAGGAGCUGGUACUUUAAAAUGGCAAUCAUUUAUAUAAGACUGGAUGACAUAGUUAAGACCAAAGAGGACUCUGAAUACUCCAGACUCUCUCACUACAAUAAGGGGCUGAGGCUUCUCAGAGAAACACUUGAAUCUGAGAAAACACAGCACAAAGCUCUCGCCUGGUGUUAUGUUGGUAUCAUGUUGGAGAGGAAGGACGAGUUCACCACUGUACCCAUGUCUAUACAUGACUGUGGCUACUCCGCCUCUGAACCUCUAUCCUGCUAUGGAACUGCCAUAAAAUUGGCCAGUGAUGAUGCAUUCAUCCUGAACCUUCUGGCCAGGAUGUUCUUUCUACUGGGCAAAUAUGAGAUGGCUACGGGGAUCUGCAACAUGGCUCUCAAUGUGCUGCCAGACCCGGAGCUCAACUGGAAGGCCUACUGCACCCGCGCCAAGAUCAAUAUGAUACUGUACGCCAGGGACCUGGAGAAGGCAAAACAUGGUGAUGGUGGAAUCCCAGACCGGCAGAAGCUUACUGAGGCCAGAAAAGACCUGGACAAGGUCCUGACUGUACGUCCAUGUCUGAGGACUCACCUGGAGAUGGCACAGGUGUACUACUACAUGGGUGUGGAUGCACUCCAGGAGAGCCUUCUGGUGGAUGAGGGAGCAGUAAACAGCGCCUUGGUGAGUCUGUCCCAGGCCAUACAGUUUGAGCUCGGUGACACUUUGCCAGACCUCCAUGUGCUCAAAGGACGCUGCCUCCUGCUGAAGGGUGAGGAGCAAAAUGCCGCAGAUUGCUUCAAAUGUGCCGUGGAGUUAGAGAGACCAGGGAGUACAGACACUACAGCCCUGCGCUGCCUCCUACAGGCCCUGCUGGCUCUGUUUGUGCAGGGAGGCCCUGACCCCAACCCUGCCAUCACCCAGCUAGAGCUGUGGGUGAAAAAGGCAGAGGAGAGGUAUCCUGAGGACAUAGUGAAGGCUGAGCUUAGGUGCCUUUACAGGACACACACAGCAGAGGUCACAGAGUUAUCUAGGGCUCUGAUCAGGACCGGACGACUGGAUCUAGUGAAGAGGCUACUGCAAACUGUGGCACCUAAACAAACGGCUAAGAAGAGAACAAGGGUUAUGUCUAUACCCUUUACAUGAUGCAAAAAUGUGACUUUUAUAGACAUACAGUCACAUCACCAGAUAUGCAGUGGUUAAUAAACUUCUUGACAGCAUUUCACAAAUUGAAAUGAGUAGCAGAAGUGCACUGUAAUCAAGCUGUUUUUACUGUAACGCAGUAUGAUUUUUUGAACUGUGACUCUUCUAUUAUUUAUUUUUUUUCUUGAUGAACAGUUCUUGGAAAGGUAGGAACUACAGAAUAGCCUACAGUUACAAUGUUACAGCACAAUCAGGGGUAUGCUGCUUUUUAGUUUACCCAAAUAUGUUCAUAGCUGUUCAAAUCUGGGAGUUCACCUAAUCACUGAACUGAGAAGAGAAUGGUUGGUAGGGUGUAUUCAUUGAAACAGUUGUGGUCAGGACAAAUAACUGCCACAGUAGGAGGAAGCUGUCAAAGGAGUAGUUUCCUGCAAAGGUAGUCUUAUUUAUGCUUUUAUUUAAAUCAAGUCACAAUACCUCUGCUUGAGUGGAUAUUUAUUUAUUAUACUCUACCACUGAUGACCAGCAGAUGGGGGUAU